GCGACAGGGCGAUUCUGUCAGACGCAGUCUGCGUUAGACACUUCCGCUUUCCCUGUUCUGACGCGCUCCCUCAAUAUGGCCGCUUCCACGGAGAGCGGGGCCGGCAUGGGCGCAGCGCACCCCGGCUUGUCCGCUGCCGCGCCGCUGGCGCUGCGCAUAGUGGCGCAGUGUCCCGUCAGCAAAGCCCGGGCAUGCGAUCUCACACUGCCGCACUGCACGGUCAACACCCCGGUGUUCAUGCCUGUUGGGACGCAAGGCACCAUGAAGGGAAUUACAACCGGGCAGCUCGAGGACCUCGGCUGCCAGAUCUGCUUGGGAAACACGUAUCAUCUCGGAAUGAGACCGGGUCCCGAGCUGAUCGAGAAAGCCAACGGUCUGCAUGGCUUCAUGAACUGGAAGCGCAACCUGCUGACUGACAGCGGGGGGUUCCAGAUGGUGUCUCUCGUGGAGCUGUCGGAGGUGACAGAGGAAGGGGUGAAGUUCCGCUCACCUUACGAUGGCAAGGAGAUACUUCUUACCCCAGAGCAGUCUAUCUCCAUCCAGAACAGUUUAGGCUCGGACAUCAUGAUGCAGCUGGAUGAUGUGGUCAGCAGCACAGUGACUGGACCGCGUGUGGAAGAGGCCAUGAGACGGUCGAUCCGCUGGCUGGACCGCUGCAUAGCUGCCAACAAGAACCCUGACCGUCAGAACCUGUUUGCCAUCAUCCAGGGCGGACUGAGCGCAGAACUGCGCAGAACCUGUCUGGAGGAGAUGACCAAGCGGGACGUCCCAGGUUUCGCCAUCGGGGGGCUGAGCGGCGGAGAGGAGAAGGACGACUUCUGGAAGAUGGUGACCCUGAGCACCGAUCACCUGCCUCUGCACAAACCGCGCUACCUCAUGGGCGUCGGAUACGCAGUAGACCUGGUGGUGUGUGUUGCUCUGGGAUGUGACAUGUUUGACUGCGUUUUCCCCACUCGCACAGCUAGGUUUGGAUCAGCACUGGUGCCCUGGGGAUCCCUGCAGCUUAAACACAAGCAAUUUGCCAAGGACUUUCAGCCCAUUGACCCAGACUGCAAGUGCCCCACCUGCAGGAGGCACACUCGGGCAUACCUGCACGCCCUCUUUAAAUGUGACACGGCAGCCAUGCACCACAUCACCAUCCACAACAUCACCUAUCAGCUGUCUCUGAUGCGGUCGGUGCGGCAGAGCAUCAUAGAGGGCCGUUUCCCUGCGUUUGUGCGGGCGUUCAUGCAGCGCAUGUUCUCCUCGCGGGAGCAGUACCCCCGCUGGGCGGUGGAGGCGCUGGCCUCCGUCCGCAUCACGCUGGACUGAAUCUGGGGGCGGGGUCAGCACAAGCCCCGCCUCUUCUCUCUGCUCUGUCAGUCAGGGGCUGGACUGACAGAAGGACAGGCUGCCGGCGGGCCACAUGAAUGAACGGACACAGAGAAACACACACCUACGCUCUCACACGCACACACACUCUCACACACUCUCACGCAC